AUGCGCUUCUCUCUCCUCACUGCCUUGUCCGCUGUGGCUUCUUUGGGUCAUGCCCUCCCCAGUACCCUGCAAACUCGAGACAUCUCAGCUGAUCAAGUGACCGAAUUUGACUUUUGGGUUCAGUAUGCUAGCGCUGCAUACUACUUGAAUGAUUACACUGCUCAGACUGGCUACAAGAUCAGCUGUGCCAAGGGUAACUGCCCGGAUGUCGAGAAGAAUGGCGCAACGAUCUUCUAUGAUUUCUCCAACUCCACCGCUACCGACACCGCCGGAUUUAUCGCAGUGGAUGAUACCAACAAGGCCGUCGUUCUUUCUUUCCGUGGUUCCUACUCUGUGCGCAACUGGAUUGCCGACGCCUCAUUCUUUUACACAAACCCAGGCCUGUGCGAUGGCUGUGAAGCCGAGCUUGGUUUCUGGAGUUCUUGGAAGGUCGUUCGCGACGAUAUCGAGCCCCAGCUCAAGGAUGCAUUCUCAAAGAACUCCGACUACAACCUGGUCGUCGUAGGCCACAGCCUCGGUGCUGCCAUUGCCAGUCUCGCCGUUGCUGAUCUCCGGGACAAUGGUUACCCAUCGGCCAAGCUAUAUGCCUAUGCUGCACCCCGCGUGGCUAACGAGAAACUGGCCAAGUACAUUACUGCCCAGGGUAACAAUCACCGUUUCACCCACAUUGAUGACCCCGUCCCCAAGCUGCCUCUUCUGGCUAUGGGAUAUGUGCAUAUUAGCCCCGAGUACUAUAUCACGGCUCCUAACAAUGCGACCGUCCACGCUUCGGACGUUGAAGUCAUCGAGGGAGAUGUCUCCUUUAAGGGAAAUACUGGCACUGGUGCCCCAUCCCUGACAGCCUUCUCUGCUCACCACUGGUACUUCAGAGAGGCUGAUGCUGGUAUUGGAGCUGGAACUCCAUUCAAGCGAUCUCUGAACUGA